CACCGAUCACCAUAGUCUUCCGCCCGUCUCGUCAACCGUCAUCGGAACUACUGAACGACCUCAAGCAAGAUGAGGAUCACAGGCCCGAUCCUGUGCGCGGCCACCUUGGCAAACGUCUGCCAGGCCGCCCUCAAAUCCGGCCAAGAUGUCUUCACUCCAAAGGACAUGCUCUCCCUCCCUCGACCCUCGCCCGCUAUCGCCAGUCCCAAAGGUCACCUCGCGCUCAGCUUGGUUGGGGAAUACAACUCUACAGAGAAGCUUACCACCAAGUCUCUCUACGUCAUUUCCACUGAUCCUAAGCGAGCGGAAAAGGAUGAUCCCGUCCUGCUCGUCAGGUCGGACAAGAGUACCUCGAUCGGAGAACCUUUAUGGUUGAACGAGGAGACGAUUGCAUACUUGAACACCACGGGAGGUUCUUCUGAACUUUGGUCCAUCUCGCUCAACACGUCUUCGCAUCUCGAUUUUGAAUCCCAAGGAAAAGAAUCCCACCCGCAUCUUCCCGUUCCUCAUCACCUACACACUUUCCCCAUCGCGCCUUCCUCGCUCAAGUUCAAGGCUCUGCCCAAGACCGUCGCUGGCAAAAAGGAUUUCUAUCCGCAUGAGACGGGAGUCUUGGCGUUCUCGGCUCAUGUAUGGAAGGGCGCUUCGAUCGAAGAUGCGGCCAGGUUGGACAAGAUGUGGGAGGAGAGGGACGACGAGGGUUUGGUCUGGGACGAGUUGUAUAUCAGAGAAUGGGACACCUGGAGGAACCCAGGAAAGGUCCACCAAGUCUUCUUGACCCUCCUUGACAUUCCCCAGCCCGCCACCUCCCGCUCCGUUCGACCUCACCAGACCUAUCUGGCGCCAUUCAACGCCUCAGCCACCUACUCGCUCAUGCAACCGUUCGAAAGCGGUCAGUUCGACAUCUCCAUUCCGUCCUUUGGAAAGGACAAGGAACCGAAGAUCGACGUGAUCAUCAACGUCAAGGACAAGUACCUGAAUUACGCUUUCCAUACCCGCCGACAGAUCUACCUCACCUCGGUCGGGUUGGAGUGGAAGACGGUCUCUCUGGCCGGAUCUUAUCCUUAUGAAGGGUACCAGUUUGCGUCCAGCCUUACCGGUUCUGGUUCCGACUCUACCAUGACGGCGGACGAGCCCACACUCCUUACCUCGGGAGAUCAGGGGUCGGUCUCGGAGAGCAAGUUCUCUCCCGAAGGCAAUCAAGUGGUCUGGUUGGAAAUGCAAGAAGAUGGCAAUGAGAGUGACCGGAAUACGGUGGUUGUCUAUGACUUGGAGGCGAGGAAGAAGUCGGUCUGGACAGAGAAUUGGGACCGGAGCCCGAGUUCCGUUACUUGGUCUCCGGACGGCCGAUCUCUGUACGUCAUCGCCGAGGACCGAGGCUCUUCCUUGCCUUACCACCUCAAACAGGCCGAUCGACUCCCUACCCCGCUCUUUUUCAACGGAUCGACCGCUUCCAUCCAACCCUUGAGCAACGCGACGUUCUUGUUGGCCAUCAGCUCUUUGGCACACCCGGUCCAGGAUUACGUGCUCGAUAUCAGCAAGUCGCAUCCGACUGCUCCUGAGUCUGUCGGUGUUGAACCGCCCAGUACCACCUUGCCCGCGCUGAGCGAUAUCAAGCAGGUCACCUUCUGGGCUCAAAAGGGCCUACAAGGCAAGAAAUUGAGCCAGGGCGAGAAGUUUUGGUUCGAAGGCGCCAACGAGGAGCAGGUGAUGGGAUGGAUCGUCAAGCCUCCUGGGUUCCGGGAGGGGGACAGGGCUAAAUGGCCCCUGGCCUUCCUCAUUCACGGAGGACCUCAGGGGGCUUGGGAGGACGCUUGGUCUACCCGUUGGAACCCUCAGGUGUUCGCUCAACAAGGUUACGUCGUGGUCGCCAUCAACCCACACGGUAGUACCGGAUACGGUCAAGACUUUUGCGACUCGAUCCACUCGCCUAGAAACGAUUGGGGAGGGAAACCCUACCGUGACCUCGUCGCCGGCUUGCAGCAUGUUCUCGAUACCUACCCGGCCGUCGACCGGGAGAGACUCGUCGCUGCAGGUGGAUCAUAUGGCGGAUACAUGAUCAAUUGGUUGCAAGGGCACAACUCGCACACCAACUUCAAGGCUAUGGUCAACCACGAUGGUGUCUUUGAUGUCCAGACCAUGUACUACUCAACCGAACAGGUCUACUUUUCCGAGAGGGAGGGCGGCGGUAUGACCCCGUGGCAAGACCGAUCGCAAUACCAAGACUUCAACCCAAUCAACUUUGUCGGCGAAUGGAGCACUCCAAUGCUGGUCAUCCAUGGCGGUCAGGACUUCCGAAUCCCCGACUCCCAAGGUAUCGGGGCCUUUACCGCCUUGCAGCGACGAGGUAUCCCUUCCAGGCUCCUGUACUUCGCCGAGGAGAACCACUGGGUUCUCAAGCCAAAGAACUCGUUGCGAUGGCACACCGAGGUGUUCAAAUGGUUCGACGAGUUUGUCGGCGAGGAGUCCAUGUCCGCCUUCGACAUGGUCAUCCAGGCGUGAUUGAAUCAGGCGGUGCAUAUGAAUUAUAGGUAGUUGCUGAUGUGGUAGAUGUCAUACAAAUUUGUUUGAAAGGCGUUGAAUAAGAAUCGCCGGAAAGAUACAUAUACAGAGCGAAAUCAAAUUCCUUGCACAAGAUAUAAAACUCCCUGCGGCUACCGAAAGCUUGCCUUCUUCAAAGCCCGAGCUGGACCCAUACCCGAGGCCUGUCCAACUUCGAGCUUCUUUACAGCAGGGAUGCUCUUCAAUGUCCCUUCCCUAUGCGCAGAUGACGCUGUCGAGGUCAUGUAACUGCGUCCACCCGAUAUGGAUCGGGCGGUGGCUUUUGUC